AUGCCCGUGUCCAGCAACGAUGGCGCCGCCCCAUGGGCUAGAACGAGGGGUGGCGGAAGCUUGGGCAAACGGAAACGAGGGCAGACGGCUGAUGAAAAGGGAAGUCCUUCUUCAUCACAAUCUAUAGAUUCAUCAGGAUUGCAUAAGAUCGGCUCAGGGGAGGCAACAGAACCACUCAAUUCAAGUGACGUGGCUUCAGUCGAGACCCGCUCCCAGGAGACUUGGCCGCAAAACCAGACGAGCAAACACCCGACUACAACACGCCGACGGAACCAACCCAAGGCUAAAACCAAAAACCCAGCCCCCGAAGAGGAUAACUCAGACCCCUCUCCAAAAUCUACAUCUACCAAUGGCAAAGGAAAGACGCAGAAGCCAUCUGAAAGGUCCAGGCCUGAACCCAAGCCUUCAUCCUGGCCGCCCUACCUCUCCCGCCUCUCCAAACUGCACCGCGCCCUCAAUCUGGUAACCACAUUUCUUGCUGCGCGUAGGGCAAGUCAUCUUACUCCGCUGGCACUGGAAAGUGUGAAGGAGGCGGUACAGGGGCAGUGUGGGUUUGGGGUGGAGGUUGAGGAUGUCGCGGGGGUUGUGUGGGUUUAUGCUUGGGGGGAAGCUAGAGAGCUAGAGGCUCAAGGGGAGAGGAAUGAGGAUCAAGAGCAGGGAGGAGGGAGUAACCAGCAUAAUUGGGGAAGGCAAAUUCAGGGGGAAGGUCAAGUCAAGAGGUGUAGUCGUGUCAGGUUUGAAUAUGUCACGCAAGAAGCAGAAGACGAGUUCGACGCCAACGCCAAAGGGGAACAAGUUCUAGUAUUUGAGUUCUUAGAGCUCGACAAACAACUCAAACCCGAAAAGGAGAAGGGUCGGGGGAGUAAAGAGAGGGAAGAUAAAAUCCGCAUGCCCAGCGUUGGGGCAAAGCAGCUAUCGAAGGUGAUUGAGCGGCGAGAAGAGAAGUUCGCUGAAAUGGUUGAGUUGUUCGUGCUGUCGUGCAAACAGCGCGGGAAAGACCCUGAUGAGGUGGUGAAGCAGGGCCGGGGGAGGUUCAUCCCCCGUCUCCCGGAGGAUACGCCGCCCAAUCCGGACUCCUUGCCGCUCACAAUCCCGACAGAACGGAAGCCUAUCUCAGAAAUCGUCGAAGAACUGAAGUGCUCCUCCUGGUACGUGGGACAAAUAGUCCCAGAUGGACACCGAGUACUAGAUCCGCAGGAAGCCAUCUAUGGAGAGCUUAACUUCCCCCUCGGCCAAGACCUCGUCAAUGCUUUAUAUAACUCCAAAGGCAUCACCCCCGACCGUCUCUACUCCCACCAAGCCGCGGCCAUCAACGCCCUCCAUGCCGGUCACCACGUCGUAGUCGCGACCUCCACCAGCUCGGGCAAAUCCCUCGUUUAUCAACUUCCGGUCCUCCACGUGUUAGAAGAGGAUAAAAAUGCCAGGGCGAUGUACAUCUUCCCCACGAAGGCCCUCGCGCAAGACCAGAAGCGCAGUCUCCAGGAGCUCAUAAGCUGGAUGCCCAGCUUGGAAGGUAUCGUCGUAGAAACCUACGACGGGGACACGCCGCAGGAAUAUCGCCGCUCCAUCCGGGAGAAUGCGAGCGUGAUCUUUACCAACCCGGAUAUGCUGCACGCAGGGGUCUUGCCUCAAGAAGAAGGGUGGCGGAUGUUUCUAAAGGGGUUGAGGUAUGUGGUUGUGGAUGAGCUGCACUAUUAUAAUGGGCUGUUGGGGUCGCAUGUGGCGUGGGUGAUGAGGCGGUUGAGGAGGGUGUGUGCGGCCCUGGGGAAUAGCGACGUGAAGUUUGUGUCAUGCUCGGCUACCGUGGCGAAUCCGGAGGGGCAUUUUAGGCGGCUCUUUGGGAUCGAGGAUAACGUAACUGUUAUUGAUUUCGAUGGGUCGCCGUCAGGCCGCAAAGAGUUCCUCGUCUGGAACACGCCGUACAAAGUCCCCGGGGAUCCGUCCAGCGGCCGGGGGAAUGCUUUGCUCGAGUGCUCGCGGCUGUUCUGCCAGCUGAUCCUGCGCGGCGUGCGCACCAUCGCCUUUUGUCGCGUGCGAGAGCAGUGUGAGAAGCUGGUUGCGGCCGUCAAGAAGGAGCUGGAAAGUCUUGACCGUGGAGAGGUUGCGGGAAGGGUGAUGGCUUACCGGGGAGGGUACACCGCGCAGGAUAGGCGGCAGAUCGAGGCCGACAUGUUUUCGGGGAGGUUGGUCGGGAUCGUGGCGACUACGGCGCUGGAGCUUGGCGUGGAUAUCGGCACGCUGGAUUGCGUGUUGACCUGGGGGUUUCCGUAUACGAUUGCGAACCUCAGGCAGCAGAGCGGGAGGGCUGGCCGGAGAAACAAGGACUCGCUGGCUAUAUUGGUAGGGGAUGCGUUCGCAACGGACCAAUACUACAUGCAGCAUCCAGACGAGCUCUUCUCGCGCCCCAACUGCGCCCUCCAAAUCGACCUGGACAACUUGCUGGUCAAAGAAGGCCAUCUGCAGUGUGCCGCUGGCGAGAUGCCCAUACACCCGGAGCAGGACAAGAUAUACUUUGGCCCCGACCUCCCUCAGCUCUGUGCCGAGCGCCUCAUCCCUGACGACGAAGGCUUCUACCACUGCCAUGAUCACUUCCGUCCCUUCCCCUGGCGUUUCGUCUCCAUACGCGACGUCGAAGAAGACAAGUUUGCCAUCGUGGACACCACGAACGGGCGUAACGUCGUGCUUGAAGAGCUCGACGCUUCCCGUGCAACCUUCACCAUCUACGACGGCGCCAUCUUCCUUCAUCAGGGGACGACCUAUCUAGUUAGGGACUUCUCCCCUGACCGGAAGAUCGCGCGGGUUGAGAAGGUGAAAGUCGACUACCUCACCUCCCAACGCGACUUCACUGACGUCGACCCCAUCGCCACCCUUGCCAUCAAACCUCUACAGGGUUCCCCUUAUAAAGCCUACUACGGCACCAUCCGCAUCACUCAAGUCGUCUUCGGCUUCUUCAAAGUCGACCCCCGCCGUGGGAACAAAAUUCUCGACGCCGUUCCCGUCCACAACCCCCCCGUCGUCCGCUAUUCAAAAGGGAUGUGGCUCGACAUCCCCGCCUGCGCUCUAGAUAUCCUCAAGGCGAGGAAACAUAACCCCGCGGCGGCGAUCCACGCUGCGCAGCACGCCUUGGCGUCACUGGUCCCUACCUUCGUGAUGUCCUCUACCCAAGCUGAUAUUCGCACAGAGUGUAAGUCCCCUAUCAAGGAAUUCGCCCGUCGCCCGACGAAUCGUAAGCGGCCUGCCCGGUUAGCGCUGUAUGAUGCUAAAGGGGGACCGGGAGGGGCUGGGAUUAAUACCAAGGCGUUUGAGUUUGUUGAUGAUUUGCUGCGGAUGGCGUUGGAUAGGGUACGCGGGUGUGAGUGUCUCGAGGAAAAGGGGUGUGUGGAGUGUGUGUGUAGCGAGUUUUGCGUCGAGGGGAAUGAAGUUAUGAGCAAGGUGGGCGCGGAGGUGGUGUUAAAGGUGCUCGUAGGGGAGGAGGUCAGGGAGGAAGAAGUGCCCAUAGGGAGUUGGGAGGAAGGAAUGGGGCCGGGGGAGACGGUUGUGCUGGCAGGGGAGGUGAGUAUGGCUUCUGGGAGUGGGAGUCAGCAGGAUGGAAGGUGA